CUAAACGCGACGGUCGAGAAGCGCCAGAAAAGCGGGCGCAAAGUCACGCGUCAACUUUAAAAGUUAUGGAGUUUAUCAGCACGUACAUAUUCGAAUAAGUAGAUGGGUGAUUCAAAUUUAAAUGCCAUAUCAAUGCAAGAUGACGUGGGGUACGGUUUGAAAAAAUUUUUUUUUGCCACCACCGCAAAACCGAAGAUGAUGUCGCAAGAGUAUCUGGGCAACAUAAUGGACAUGGUUCCGCAUACGGAGAACAGCGACAUCCACAAAACAGCCAUCUUCGAGAUUAAAACCAACGGGGCGACGUUGGUAAUGAACGCUUCGCUCAACGCUACAGAAAGCGCGUUCGUUCCGGAACUGUUCUACAGACACUCCAUGGUCAUGACCAUAGUCUACUGCAUCGCGUAUCUCUUGGUGUUUGCGGUCGGUCUCGUUGGUAAUUUUUUCGUUAUCGCGGUUGUCUUCAGAUCGCCCCGGAUGAGAACCGUCACCAAUUUUUUUAUCGUCAACCUGGCCAUCGCAGAUAUUCUCGUCAUCGUUUUCUGUCUACCGGCUACGUUGAUGUCCAACAUAUUCGUCCGUAAGUACCCGUAUUAUUUUAUAUGUUACUUCCAGAGGCUAUAG